AUUUGCAACGAACGGAACGCAACGCCCAGCAGCUCGCCCCCAAAAAUAAUUAAAUAAAAUUAAAGCAACGCAAAGCUGAGAGUCCGCGCCAAACGAAAUCGAAACAGAUUCUCUUUUGCUGCAAUAAAUUAACGGAGAAAUAAAAAACAAAUAAGAAAGACGCGCGCGCGCUUAAAAAGUCUGUGCCAAAUAUCGAGAUAAAUGUGCAGCAACGGCGGGAAAUAUUAAUUAUCUGCUCUUCAUAAAGUGAAGAAAAGCUAGAAAGCUACAAAAAAAAGUUGAUAAAUUUUAUAUAAAUUGUACGCGAGUGCUGUUUUUCAAUACAAAUUAAACAAAUACAGUGGCAAUUCAGUGCAAUUGAUACCAAUGAGAAAUGUGACUAACCAAACCGAGAAAAAUCGUUUGAUAAAUCCCAUUAAAUAAGGAAAAGUGCUAAAUACCGGGAAAAAGACCGAAUAAAAAGCGCCCAACGGUGAGCAGUUAGCAGUCAACAGCCGUAACCCAAUUCGUCAUCCAUCCGAACGAGCAAAGCCGAUCGCCAGGAUGAGCAUCAUCGACAACGGCAAGUACCGCCUGCGCAAGGACUGGGCAAGUGCCUCCAUUCCGUCGCUGGUCAACAUCGACGAGCACGACGGCGACUCUGGAGACACGGAGAACAGCCUGAAUGCCACGGCCCCGCUGCCGCCACAGAAGCCCCCACGGCGCAGCUCCCUGGCCCUGGGCCUCUUCUCCAGCAAAUCGGACAAGAGCCAGAAGCGCCGCAGCUCGAUAGCCGUGUCCUUUCUGCGCCGGGAUAGUAGUAAGAACUCCACCAAAGACUCGUAUGAAUCGGCUGUGCGCAGCGAGAAGUCCGAUGGCUCCGGCACACCCACCAGUCCUGAUAUCGUCUACAGCUCGGAGGAGAACAUCCGGGCUAGCUCUCCCAAUGAGCCGGGCAAACAGACCUACUUCGAGGACGGCAGCCAAUCGCCGCGUCCAGUGCUCCAGGGAUUGAACUCCUCGUACGAGGGUCCCACAAACGAUCGCCAGCGACGCAGACGUAGCUCGCUGCAGACCAAGCUGGACCGUCACCGGCGCAAGAAGAUGGAGUACAUCAACCAGCGAAGCCUGGACUCCGGUAUGAUGUGCAGCGAGUCGCAGAGCGACUUGACGGAGAGCUCCAGCAGCUAUGCGAAUGGCAACGGCACUGGAAAUGGAAACGACGAUGACGACGACAUCAUUGAUCCCAGCCACGGGGAGUAUUUUCCGCGCGAGAAGCGCCACUCCUGGUGGAAUAUAUUCGUGCCCGACAAUUUCAAGAACAGGUCACGUAGGGCUAGUCAAGAUGUAUCCAGUUUGUCACGCAGCGUUGACAAUUUGGCGAUUCCCGUGCGCAGGAGCAAAUCGCGCAGCGUGGACCACGGCCUUGCGGCUCCGUUCGACUUGGACUCGCUCCGCUCAAAAGUCGAGCAACGUUUCGAGAGUGUUGACAAACUAUCAAGGCAAAAGUCUUCAUUGCCCACCAUACCCACCAUUUCCUACACCGUGGGCAAUCGCGACACCCUGACCUCCGUGGCGGCCCGCUUCGAUACCACGCCCUCGGAGCUGACCCACCUCAACCGGCUGAACAGCUCCUUCAUCUACCCGGGCCAGCAGCUGCUGGUGCCGGACAAGAGUGCCAAAGACGACGCCUCCAGCAGCUCCACCAACGACCCGGACGGAGGCAGCCUCUCUGGCAAGUCCAGCCCAAUUGAGCGCAAGUUGUCCGGCGACGAGAGCCGCGAGAAAGACAUACUCGAGGGCCUGCGCCCCGGAUCCCCGAAACCGGGCCACAUUGAGCGCGUGUCCAACAGCAGCCAACAGCAGGCGGAGGAGGAGGCCAACAAGAGCGACGAUCCGGUGAUUACCCAGCGCUUCCUCAAAAUCAAUGUGCGCCACAUCACGGACGGACAGGGCGUCGUGGGCGGCGUCCUUCUGGUCACGCCCAAUGCCGUCAUGUUCGAUCCCAAUGUCAGCGAUCCGCUGGUCAUCGAGCACGGUCCGGAGAGCUAUGGCGUUAUUGCGCCCAUGGAGCUGGUGGUCAAUGCGGCCAUCUUCCAUGACAUUGCGCACAUGCGAGUGGCAGGUGGAGCUGGCCAGGGCUUAGCUUCUGGCAGCGGAUCAGGCGAUGCGGAGAAGCCGGAGAUCUAUUACCCGAAACCAGUAUUAGUUGAGGAGGAUUCCAAGGAGUUGUCCGAGCAGCAGCCCCUGCUGGGCGAAGACGGCGAGGCCAGUAAAGAUCGCCUGGAUGCUGAAAUUGGAUCCUUGGAGAUUGCCGAUGACCAGGAGUCGCUCUGCUCCAGCACUGGACGCGAUGGCGACGCCUUUCCCAAAGCCUUCGACCGCGAACGUGUGGACUCAUCUACUGAAGCCAAAGAUAGCGCUAAGACUGACGCUCAAGAUGAUGAGGACAAGAAGGCCGCUUUGGGCCUAUCAAGCACACGCACCACCUUGGAGGAGCGACGCAAGAGUCUGCUGGACCACCACUGGGCCGUUCCGAGCAAAGACCGAUCAUCGGAAGACGAGGCGGAUAACGAGUCGAACAUAACGGUGGAUAGCGGUGCCAGGGUCCAGGACCCACACUCAGCCACCAGUUCCGUGAGCGGCAUACCGCCGAGCCAACCGCUGGGAGGAGCAGCAGCUGCCUCAGCCGUUGGCCCCCUGCCGCCGUCCGGCAUCGAUCUGGAGCACCUGGAGCAGCUGUCAAAGCAGUCCUGCUAUGACUCCGGCAUCGACAUCCGCGAGCCAGUUCCCAACGUACAGCCGAUACCAAAGAAAACCGUAUACAGUGACGCAGACAUUGUGCUCAGCUCGGACUGGGUGCCACCGAAAACCAUUGUACCGACGCACUUCAGUGAAUCCCCGCCGCGCAGCACUAUCCUGGGCCAGAGCCUGGACGCUGGCACCGGUGGCGGGGCGCGUAAGAAGACCUCCAGCGUUAGCUUCAGCGUGGACGAUGAGGCUGCCCAACAGGCCCAGGCAGCUGCCUCGGCGGCAGCGACCGACAAGCAGGCGGAAAAGAAGAACAAGAUGCUGAAGCGCCUCUCGUACCCCUUGACCUGGGUAGAGGGUUUGACCGGCGAGGGCGGAGCCGUGCCUCCUGGCGGCGUGGGCGGCAGCCUGAACAAGUCAGGUGACACGGACUCGGCGCCCAACACGGGCGACUCCAACCAGAGCGUAUUUUCGAAAGUAUUCUCAAGACGUUCCUCAAUUGGUACCUUUAUACGCCCGCACUCGUCGGAGGGCACUUCGUCCAGCACCAAGCUGAAGGAGGCCAAGCAGGCACCCAAGCUGGACUACCGCUCCAUGGUCUCCAUGGAUGACAAGCCGGAGCUCUUUAUCAGUGUGGACAAACUCAUCCCACGCCCGGCCCGAGCCUGUCUCGACCCACCAUUGUAUCUGCGCCUGCGCAUGGGUAAACCCAUCGGCAAGGCCAUACCGCUGCCAACCUCUGUCAUGUCUUACGGCAAGAACAAGUUGCGCGCCGAGUACUGGUUCAGUGUGCCCAAGAAUCGCGUUGAUGAGCUCUAUCGCUUCAUAAACACCUGGGUGAAACACCUGUACGGUGAGCUGGACGAAGAGCAGAUCAAGGCGCGUGGCUUCGAGUUAAUCCAGGAGGACACCGAGUGGACCAAGAGCGGUACCACCAAGGCCGGCAUGGGAGGCGGCAGCCAGGAUGGCGAGGAGAUCAGCGACCUGACCCGCGAGUCCUGGGAGCUCAUAAAGGCGCCGUUCGCCAAGACCUACAAGAUCAUUAAAACGGCAUCGCAUGCCGCAUCGCAUGACUUGGAAUUGUUGGGCGGCGAGGUGCUGUCCAUGAGCACAGAUGAAUAUCGCAAGACCUCACUCUUUGCCACCGGCUCCUUUGACCUGGACUUCCCCAUACCAGAUCUGAUUGGCAAGACAGAAAUCCUCACAGAGGAGCACCGCGAGAAGCUCUGCUCACAUCUGCCAGCCAGAGCCGAAGGCUACUCCUGGUCCCUCAUAUUCAGCACAUCGCAACAUGGUUUCGCACUGAACUCCCUCUACCGCAAAAUGGCGCGUCUGGAGAGUCCAGUUCUGAUUGUCAUCGAGGAUACAGAGCACAAUGUAUUCGGUGCUCUGACCUCUUGCUCGCUGCACGUGUCGGAUCACUUUUACGGCACUGGCGAGUCCCUGCUCUACAAGUUCAACCCCAGCUUCAAGGUGUUCCAUUGGACUGGCGAGAACAUGUACUUCAUUAAGGGCAACAUGGAGAGCCUUUCGAUUGGCGCCGGAGAUGGUCGCUUCGGUCUGUGGCUGGAUGGUGAUCUGAACCAGGGACGGUCGCAGCAUUGCAGCACAUACGGCAACGAGCCACUGGCGCCACAAGAAGACUUUGUUAUCAAAACACUCGAAUGCUGGGCAUUUGUUUAAGUGAAUUUCUGUUGUCAACAACAAAAGCAUAUUUAAGGAGGAGAGCGAGCCACUCCCUACACCUACCUAUUUAAAUAAUUAUAUGUACUUGUACUAAAACCAACAACCUGAGAACGAUGUCAAAAGCUGAUCCGCCAGAACAGUCCCACAACCACACCAAAAACACAACUUACAAAUGGAGCAGGCGACCCUGAUCCGAUCUGAUGGAAAUGCAUGUUCUUGGAAGCUAGAUGCUGCGAGUUAGCGAUGCGUUGGAACGUAUUAAUUAUUUAGUUUUUAUAUUACAUACUAUUAAACAAGAGCAACUAAAUUAUGUGUUAGAUUUAAACAAAAACAAAAGGAAAAACGUGAGAAAACCAACCCGAAAGGCAGACAAACGACACGGAAAUUAAAGCGAAAACAAUUGAGGAUAGCAUUAGCUGCACUCGCCCAUCCAUUCAGCGGUCAUCACCACACAUCUCCAUGCAUUGUAGCACCACACACGCCACACAAACACACACAUUUAAGUUAAGUUCUUAUUAUCGAAAAUUAUAAUCAUUAAAUUGUGAGAAGCAACAAACAUAUUUAGAGAGAGAUGCGAGCUUGCAGUCUUUGAUCUACUUCGCGUUUAGUUCUCUUGAUUGAUUUCAGUUUGAAUUUAAUUUAAUUUGUUUGAGUGUGCGGAUAGGCGAGCCCUAAAGUUGAGAAUGAGAAAAAAAUAAAAUAAAAAGUAUGUCGAUAUAAUUUUUAGUGCAAAAGUGUAAGCAUUUCAAUGCUAAUUGCAAGUGAAACUGAAAGCGAGGAUAAACCCUAAAGAAUUGACUUUUAUAUACAUGUAGAGGAAGUGCCGACGAAAGGAGCUGCUGAGAGCGAGCGUUAUAUUUUUUAGUUGUACUCCGAUAUACAUAUAUUUAAUUACGAUUAUUUUAAUGCUAAUGAUGUUGACUUUUAUGCAAUUAUACUAAAAAAAAAACAGAAACAACACCAGAAUGAAAUACACAAUAUUAUACAACAAAA